AUGAGUGUCGAAGAUAAUUCGAAAAUUUCUGAAGAUACAACGGAAAUCGAUGGUUUGAAGAUUGGUUACUGCAAAUAUGGUGAUGGACCAAAAUAUGUACUUUGUAUAUGUGGAGCCGUCGGAUGUUACAAAAAGGACUGGCCAAGCUCUUUGCUACAGCACUUUGACCCCAAAUUGCUCACUAUUGUAUGCAUUGAUCCACCGGGAUACGGGACCUCAAGACCUCCUGACCGACUUCAAGAAGUGAACAGAUGCAUGAAGGACGCUGCGUUUUGUUUGAAGCUUAUGGAGAAGCUUGAGCUCACCCCGUUCACGGUGAUGGGUUGGUCUGAAGGAUCUCGAACGGCAAUUCAUGUUGCAGGGCAAGGUGGAAAGGAUACGGUGAACAAAAUGAUAUUGCUGGCCGCCGGUUCCAAGGUUAGCAAGCUGGGUGCACUGGCUUUUUCCGGCAUGAAGAAUACCGAUCAUUGGUUGGUGUCUGCACGCGCUCCCUACCUAUCCCAUUACCCGGAGGAUUUCCUGCGCAAGCAAUGGGCUGAUCUAUGUGACGUCGUGCAACAGGUCUACGAUUACUGUGGCGGACGUUUCCCAUGCGAUUAUGUGCUGCCGAAGAUCACCGUUCCUUGUCUUAUAAUGAAUGGAGGGCAGGAUCGGUUCUGUGGCGAUGCGAAGGCUUGCUUCCUUUCAGUGCUGAAAAAUGCAAGGUUAGAGGUUCACGCACAAGGCGGGCAUGAUUUCUAUAAGAAGUACCCAAAAUGGUUUACUGAAAACGUGCAGUCGUUCAUCAGAGGAAAUUGA